AUGGAUACCCAAGAAUUUAUUGUAAAACCAUCUGAACAACAACAAGUUUUUAAUAAAAACGAGCAAACCAAUGAAAAUCAAUUAUUAAUCAAUAAGGCUAGUUUAUCGUUAAAAACAAUGUUUAGUAUUAGUAGUUCUGAUAUCAUUGAUUGGAAUGGUAUCAUUCCAAAGAGUGAAGAAGAUGUACAAUUUAUUCUUAACAAUAUUCAACAAAGAAUUGUAUUUAUGGAUGGUAAGAACCAAACAACCACAUUUGUUUCAUUUCAAGAUAGUGUUGGGCCAUUACGAAAUAUUAAACAGAUGAAAUUAUCACGAUUUGUAGAUUUAUCUAAACAAUACACACUUGUUUGUGUUGAACAAAACAAAUAUCAGUUAAUUAAAACAGAUAUUCAAUACUGUGAAUUUCACAUUAUUGGAAAAGAUCCUAUUUUCUCAAUUGGAAUAGUUUUAAAUACUUUGAAUAAAAGAUUUAAUAAUAAAUCAGAUAGAGUUGUAAAACUCAGUUCUAAUGAUAGAAAAAUAUUCAAUGAAGAAACAAAAGGAAACAAUACAAAUACACUAUUUGAAGAUAGUGAUGUUAUUGGAUGUGGAUACAUACCAUCACAACAAAUUGUAUUUUACACAAGAAAUGGAAAUUUAAUAAAUGUCAUUCAUACAGAAUAUAAGAUGAAUUGUUUUGCAAUUGAAUUAGAAAGAUAUAACACUGUCAAUAUUAAUACAGGAAAUCAACCAUUUGUAUUUGAUUAUAUUGAAUUUUGUAAUGACUUCAAUACAAAUACAACAUUUUUAAAGAAGACAUUCACUGUUAAUUGUGAAUUAUUCAUUUUUGAAAUUAAAAUGUCUGGUAUAACAACAUUAGAACAAUUAAAAAAUAAGUUGUUGGAAAUAGUAAUUAAUAGAAUUAAUACUUCUAAACAAGUCAAUAUCAAAACAGAUAUAUUUGAAUGUGAAGAAAUGUUUUGGAAUGAAGGAUUGAUAGAUGAAGAUGAAAUAAAUCAUAUUUAUGAUAUUAAAAACAGAAUUACAUUUAAAGAAGAGUGUGAAUGUUCUACUAUUUUCAGUGUUCUUAAAACAAACUCUCAAAUUGAAAUGAAUUUUAUUACUCAUCAACAACAAGAAGACCAAAUUGUUUCUAAAGAAGUGAACUGGAGUGAUUUUGGUGAGGAAGAAAAACCAGUAAUUCUAAUGUAUGAUGAUACAAUUAAAGAGAAAGAAGAGUUUUGUUGUCAUUUAGAAUUGAAUGAUGCAAUAGAUAUUGGGGCUACUUAUCCAAAUCCAAGAAUUAUCACAGAAGACAAUACUAAGAAAGCGUAUGAAUGGAAAGGAACAUAUUGUAGUGAUGGAGUAUCAAAUUGUGUAAUUGAAAUAAAUAACAAACACUUUGACUAUUUAUUCUGGGAAGGUGUUUGUUUGAAGAAAGAAGAGUUCAAAGGAAAGGAAGUUGGCAUAACACAUGAAAAUAUUUCUAAUGAAUUAGAAGUAUUGUUAAAAAAAUUGGGAAUGAAUGCGAGAGAAAUCAAUGACUUCAUUGUUUACUGGAUUGCAAAAUUAAAUAAGAAUUAUUACAAAGUUACAAUUUGUGAUUCAUCAUAUGAUAAUGAAAUUGCACAACUGAAAAUAAGUGGGUUUAAUCAAAUUCAUAGAAUAGCAUUAAAAUUUGAAGAAGUUGAAAAUAUUAAUAAUCUCCCAACAAUUGAUAGUGUUGAAGAAAGACAAAGACCAACAGGAAAGUAUGUCAUUGAAUGGGGAGGAAUCAUUGCUUAA